AUGCCUCUAUUUCCAGUAGUUUUGUGGGCUCAAAAAAAAGAGUGCCUUUACCUAACCAUAGAGUUACAAGAUGCGGAAAAUACGAAAAUUGACUUAAAAGAGGAUAAAUUAUAUUUUUAUGGAACCAAAGAUAAAAAUGAAUAUGAAUUUACUUUAAAUUUUUUAAAACCUAUAAAUGUUGAAGAAUCCAAAUAUAGUACCAAGAGAAAUAUAAAAUUCAAAAUAAUAAAAAAAGAAAAAGAAAGAUGGAAGACAGUAAAUAAUGAUGGAAAAAAGCACUGGAUUAAAUGUGACUGGAAUUCAUGGGUUGACACGGAUGAAGAAAAUAAAACAACAGAAUAUGAUGAUAUGGCAAUGAACAGUUUUGGUGGAAUGGGAGGUAUGCCCGAUAUGAGUCAAUUUGGAAAUAUGCCAGGAAUGGGAGGAUUAGGAGGAAUGGGUGGCAUGGGCGGCAUGGGCGGCAUGCCAGGUAUGGGAGGAAUGGGAGAUCUCGAUUUUAGUAAGUUAGGUAAUAUGGGUGGAGAAGAUAUGGCUAAUUUUUCUGGAUUAGGCGGAAUGGAUCAAUUUAAGAAUAUGCCAAAUAUGAAUAAUAUGAAUGAGGACGAUUCCAGUUCUUAUGGUGAUGAUACAAGUGAUGAGGAUGAUGAUGAAGAUGAAGAUGGUGAUGAUGUUGAUAAUAAAAAUGAUGCAGAUGAAAUUCAUGAGUGCAAUGAUUCUAAAUGUAAUAUGGAUAAAGAUAGCAGACGUGACGAGGAAGCAAAAAUUCAAGAUCCAAUAGUAGAAGUUCAGGAACCCGUGGCUUAA